AUGGCGUCUGUGCUGGGGCAGCACCCGGGCCCGCACAGGCUGGAGUCGGAACCGCAGCUGCUGCUCUUCAAACUGUCCGGGAAGAAAAUAACGCCGCCGAGGAGGAGAGCGUCCUGGGAGAAGGUGAUGUUCGGGAGAAGCCGUGGGGAGUCCGCUGCUGCUGCUGUUGCUGAGGGGGAACCGGGAAAUCAUCCCUCGUGUCCGGCACCGGCGGGAGGAGAAGCGGCCGCGAGAGGAAGAGUGAUGCCCGAGGAAGGAUGCGGGGCUCCGGCUGCGCCACGUAGCCCGGACAGAGAGGAGGGCAGCGCGGGCAGCGACGGGGGCACAGCCGGGACACGGGAGAGCCAGACGGGGCGCACGAGCGAUGACUGCAACCGGAACAUGCACUGUGACUCGGACCGUAACGGCCGGAGUGGGACCUCGCUGAAGAGCACCUAUGGACACGAAAGAGCGCACCGGCACCGGGACGCGCCGCACGGGAGAAGGCGCUCUCGGAACGGAGACGGCGGACAUCGGGGCAUCUCCGCCUCGGUUUCGGUCCCGCUGGAGCGACUCACGCAGGGCAGGACCGGAGUCGUGAAGCUGGCCCGGACGGAGCCUCACCGCAGGGAGGCCUGGUCCAUCUUCCCCCAGGGGAUGGACCCCCGAGUGAGGACGGAGAGGGGCGAGGGACACCGGUUCGAGGAUAAGCCCGUUACGCAGGACUGGUGCGACGCCUGCAGCCGACAGAUCACUGCGCAGGCACUCAAGUGUCAAAACUGCAGCUACACUUGUCACCUGGAGUGUGAGAGUCAGGUCCAGCUCGACUGCAACCAGAGAGACAGAGAGCCCGAAGAAACUCAAUCUCCCACAAGCCACUGCUCCUCCACAGCUCCUCAACACAGACCCUGCAUUUCGAGACAAUCCGGCACUUCCUCAAGCUGUCAGCGUGCUGCUCUGGUGCUGCUCCGGUGCCAGAGACUCCCCUCGGACCUCUCCAUGACUGUCAACACGGUGCCGACCCCCUCCAUGACCAGCAGUAACAGCAUGAGCAGCGGGUAUUGCAGCCUGGAUGAUGAGAACGAGGAUUUCUCUUUCUUCACAGCCAAGACUUCGUUCUUCUGCAAACCCAAGCACGCAGCUAAGAAGAAUGAGGCAAAGGAAGAAGAGGAGCGAGGGACAAAAGACCUGUCAGAGGACGAGGUGCACACCAGGAUAGAGGAGUACAAUGCUCAAGUGUCAGAAAAUGGCAUGAAACUGGCUUCAGACGGAUCUUACACUGGUUUCAUUAAGGUCCACCUGAGGCUCAGUCGACCAGUCACAGUGGAGGCCGGAGGCUCAGAAGGAGCGUCCAGGCAGACGGGCAGCCGAGCCCCUCCAGAGGACCAGGAAGCAACGGACUGUGGACACACUGAAAAGAGGACGUCCUUCUACUUGCCAUGUGACUGUGUGAAGCAGCUCCACAUCAGCUCUCUGACCACCACCAGAGAGGUCAUUCAGGGCUUGCUGAAGAAGUUCAUGGUGUUGGACAAUCCUCGCAAGUUUGCAUUGUACAGGCAGACGCACCGGGAUGGACAGGAUCUGUUCCAGAAGCUUCCUUUGAGUGAGCGUCCUCUUCUUCUGAGGUUGAUCGCAGGACCCGAUGCAGAGCUGCUCAGCUUUGUCCUGAAGGAAAACGAGACAGGAGAAGUAGAGUGGCAUGCGUUCUCCGUCCCUGAACUCCAAAACUUCCUGGUAAUACUGGAGAAGGAGGAGGCGGAGCGUGUACGAGCAGUGGAGCAAAAAUACGCAGUUUACCGAAAGAAACUAGAGCAGGCCCUACGACAACAUGACCCCUGACCCCCUCACCUGUUACCUUAUGACUUCAACCCAGGGAGAGACUGACCCUUUCAACGCUGACCCCUUAAAACCCCCAGGAUCUAUUCACAGAGUGGAGCCCGAGUGGAACUUUUCUUCACGCUCCACUUAUAUACACACAAACAUGCACACAAAUCACACGCAGUCGCAUAUCCUUUCUCAGGACGCAUACAAGCCUACCCCCCCACCACCAUCCAUACAUCUGCUCCCCGCACAGAGAAUCAGGAGUUGAAAGCGACGUAAAAGCCUACAGGAGGGUGUGUGGUCUUCGAGCUGAUUGGACAAGUUGUGUUUUCAUUGCCAAGGACACAGACGCAGGAAGAUCUGUACUGUAGCUCAGACUUGAGAUCUCCUUUGGGACUGAUAUGAAUCAGUGGUGUUUUUAAAGAUUCCUUCUUCUUCUUCUGCUACUGCUGCUGCUACUGCAAGUGUUACUUAUGCAUGGGUCUCUCUCAGCUCAUCUCCCCUGCACAUAGAGUUAGGAUUUACACAGAAGGCAUGAUUACUUUUUUUUUUUUUCUGCAUCUCACUGGGAUGGAAGGACAAUCACACUGUGUUCCUUUGUUUUUUUCUUGAAAUUGAUGUAUUGCCUGUCACCAGAUGUGUUAUUUUUGUCACUGAAAUACAAGAGAUGUGGAUUUGUGAGGGAGGUGUUUAGAGUCAGGGGCUGAAGAACUGGUUAGUGGUGCUUCUACCUAAAGCGAGGGUAGGAAGCAGGAGGCAGUGUUUGCUUUCAAAUCAAAGAAAACAAAGGAGUGGAGGCAUAAGAAAGUGAGAGCCAUUCUCUGAUUUUUUCUCAGGGAGCACGUGUUGAGCAAAGAGUAAACCUAGAGGGGCAAAGAGAGCCUUCUCCCACCUUACACCACCCUAUUUUAGCACAUGCUUAUCUAUCCUUUAUGCCAUGUGAGAAGACUUAAAGACACGAAGAUGCUGUCAGGUGCUUCGCUGACAUAGAGAUCUUCAAUCAGACCCUGUUAGCACCUCUCUCCAUGCUCCUCCAAACACACACGCAAUCCUAACCUCUUCUCAGAUGAUAACUGUGGUAUCAUUCCCCCUAAAUCCUGAUCUCACCAACCCUUGCAUGAGCUCCACCUGCAAAUGAAGCCUACUGAGAGAGGCAAUCCACAUACCUUUACUGAUACACUUUCCAUACAUGUGUUCGGGGUGUAUUUGAAUGUGUGAGGACUUUUACACCAAAGCUUAGAGGGACAGAUCUACUGAGAGGAUUUUAACAGGAUCAGAGACAUUUGGAAGUUCGUUAAAUUAAAGGUGGUGUAUGUAAAAAUCAAACCAGCUUCUGUUUUGCACAUAUAGAUGCAGGUCAGUGAAUGGCCCAUAAAUCUGGGGCAGGGCAUGCAUUUAUGUUUUCUUUUUCCCCCUGCCUUCCACCCUUAAAAAAAUAAUAAAUAAAAAGAAACAAAAAUAUAUAAAAUUCAUGAUAAUGGCUAUGAUGUACCAAUGAUGUGUUUGCAAUGCAUAUGUAUUAUGUAGACACUGGAAAAAGAGUGACAAGGUUUAACUUUGUUGUUAUUAUGAAUAUUCAUAUUUUUUUGGUAUCA